AUGGCUGACAGGUUGAGAGUUUUUACAAGGUUGAAUCCUCCUAUAUUCACAGGGUCUAAGAGUUCGGAGGAUCCUCAGGACUUUGUGGAUGAGGUGAGUAAGAUCUUGGUGGAUUUUGGGGCCACAGAUACUAAGAAAGAAAAGUUGUCUUCCUAUCAAAUAAAGGAUGUUGCACAGACUUUGUUCAAGAUAUGGCAAGAGAGCCGAGUUUUGGGUGGAGUUUCGAUCACUCGUGAGCUGUCUAAGACAGCCUUUCUAGAGAGAUUCUUUCUCAGAAAGAUGAGGAAGGCCAAGGUUGAGGAGUUUAUCAACCAUAAGCAGGGAUCCAUGACAGUCAGGAAUUAUUCCCUGAAGUUUGUUAAGCUAUCCAGGUUGAUGGUGCAUUUUCAACAUGUAGAGGACAACAGCAAAAAGUGGGGCAUUCGUGAUGCUAGGAGGCCUAAGCCUCAAGAUUAG